CGUGCCUUAUCCCCGGUGGAGGCGAGGUGGGACUGUUGUGGUUGAGGUGAAGGCUAGUAAAUGGUGAAGUACUUCCCGGCCAGAGGGCACCCGCGCUCGGGAGGUCUGGGCGGCUUGGCGUCAGAGGAGAGUCCCACCCGCGGAGGAACCGAGCCUCGCCAACGGAGCUGGCAGAGCUCACUCCUCAGGGUGCAGCCUUUAUGAGGUGAUUCCUAAGCUGCUGGGAACGUGAGGCUGUCAAAGGGGCGGCAGGAAACGGACAGCAGUAUAAAACCCAGGAGCAGAACUUGAAGGUUUAACCACUAGCCCAUUUCACAGAAUAUUUCAUCCAUUUGUGGACCAAAAGAUGGAGUUGUUUUUUAUUUUUACAAAGAUAAUGUUCAUGAUCUGAUACCACUACAAAUGUUCACGUGAUGAAGAUUCAUGGACUUGUCUUUUGGUUGGACUGUCACUCAUUUCUGAAAGUUUCUUCAGCCACAAUUUCUAUUUGAAAAUUCAAGUACCAAAGGAUACCAGGUUUAGAAUGGUAUAAUGAUGUAUUCUGUCUGAGGAUUGCAAAUUUUAUAGAGACCACAGUUGGAUUCCAGUGAUAUUCUCCAAUCAAAGUGAUUUGAUAAACCUAAUUUUGAAGCAUUUUAUAUUUAUAAACGACAUCAAGAAAUGGGAGAAAAAAAUGGCGAUGCAAAAACUUUCUGGAUGGAGCUAGAAGAUGAUGGAAAAGUGGACUUCAUUUUUGAACAAGUACAAAAUGUGCUGCAGUCACUGAAACAAAAGAUCAAAGAUGGGUCUGCCACCAAUAAAGAAUACAUCCAAGCAAUGAUUCUAGUGAAUGAAGCAACUAUAAUUAACAGUUCAACAUCAAUAAAGGGAGCAUCACAGAAAGAAGUGAAUACCCAAAGCACUGAUCAUAUGCCUGUGACUCAGAAGGAACAGGAAAACAAAUCCAAUGCAUUUCCCUCUACAUCAUAUGGAAACUCCUUUCCAGAAGACUGUACAUUUCUAACGGAAAAUAAGGAAAUUCUCUCUCUUGAAGAUAAAGUUGUAGACUUUAGAGAAAAAGACUCAUCUUUGAAUUUAUCUUACCAAAGUCAUGACUGCUCUGGUGCUUGUCUGAUGAAAAUGCCACUGAACUUGAAGGGAGAAAACCCUCUGCAGUUGCCAAUCAAAUGUCACUUCCAAAGACGACAUGCCAAGACAAACUCUCAUUCUUCAGCACUCCAUGUGAGUUAUAAAACCCCUUGUGGAAGGAGUCUACGAAACGUGGAGGAAGUUUUUCGUUACCUGCUUGAGACAGAGUGUAACUUUUUAUUUACAGAUAACUUUUCUUUCAAUACCUAUGUUCAGUUGGCUCGGAAUUACCCAAAGCAAAAAGAAGUUGUUUCUGAUGUGGAUAUUAGCAAUGGAGUGGAAUCAGUGCCCAUUUCUUUCUGUAAUGAAAUUGACAGUAGAAAGCUUCCACAGUUUAAGUACAGAAAGACUGUGUGGCCUCGAACAUAUUAUCUAACCAACUUUUCCAGCAUGUUUACUGAUUCCUGUGACUGCUCUGAGGGCUGCAUAGACAUAACAAAAUGUGCAUGUCUUCAAUUGACAGCAAGGAAUGCCAAAACUUCCCCCUUGUCAAGUGACAAAAUAACCACUGGAUAUAAAUAUAAAAGACUACAGAGACAGAUUCCUACUGGCAUUUAUGAAUGCAGCCUGUUGUGCAAAUGUAAUCGACAGUUGUGUCAGAACCGAGUUGUCCAACAUGGUCCUCAAGUGAGGCUACAGGUGUUCAAAACUGAGCAGAAGGGAUGGGGUGUACGCUGCCUAGAUGACAUUGACAGAGGGACGUUUGUUUGCAUUUAUUCAGGAAGAUUACUAAGCAGAGCUAACACGGAAAAAUCUAAUGGUAUUGAUGAAAAUGGGAAAGAUGAGAAUACUAUGAAAAAUAUUUUUUCAAAAAAGAGGAAAUUAGAAGUUGCGUGUUCAGAUUGUGAAGUUGAAGUUCUCCCAUUAGGAUUGGAAACACAUCCUAGAACUGCUAAAACUGAGAAAUGUUCACCAAAGUUCAGUAAUAAUCCCAAGGAGCUUACUAUGGAAACGAAAUAUGAUAAUACUUCAAGAAUUCGGUAUCAUUCAGUUAUUGGAGAUCCUGAAUCCAAGACAGCCAUUUUUCAACACAAUGGGGAAAAAAUGGAAUUUGUUUCCUCGGAGUCUGUCACUCCAGAAGAUAAUGAUGGAUUUAAACCACCCCGAGAGCAUCUGAACUCUAAAACCAAGGGAGCACAAAAGGACUCAAGUUCAAACCAUGUUGAUGAUUUUGAAGAUAAUCUGCUGACUGAAUCAGAUGUGAUAGAUAUAACUAAAUGUAGAGAAGAAACUCCACCAAGGAGCAGAUGUAACCAGGCGACCACAUUGGAUAAUCAGAAUAUUAAAAAGGCAAUUGAGGUUCAAAUACAGAAACCCCAAGAGGGACGAUCUACAGCAUGUCAAAAACAGCAGGUCUUUUAUGAUGAAGAGUUGCUAAGUGAAACCAAGAAUACUUCAUCUGAUUCUCUAACAAAGUUCAACAAAGGGAAUGUGUUUUUAUUGGAUGCCACAAAAGAAGGAAAUGUCGGCCGCUUCCUUAAUCAUAGUUGUUGCCCAAAUCUCUUGGUACAGAAUGUUUUUGUAGAAACACACAACAGGAAUUUUCCACUGGUGGCAUUCUUCACCAACAGGUAUGUGAAAGCAAGAACAGAGCUAACAUGGGAUUAUGGUUAUGAAGCUGGGACUGUGCCUGAGAAGGAAAUCUUCUGCCAAUGUGGGGUUAAUAAAUGUAGAAAAAAAAUAUUAUAAAUAUGUAGCUAAUGCCUGUUUGUGAAAUUAGCUUAUUAGGCUGAAAUUAAAGCCAUGCAAAAGAAGGUCUAGGUCCAUCAAGGUAAUUCCCCUCUGUUUUCCUUUGUCAUGGGGUUCAUAUUUUAUUUCAGAUUUUAUUUGUGUGACUUAGAAAUUCCAAGAACACAAUUAGGACAUUUUCAUACACAUAGGGUAUCUCGUUCACUGCUGUGCUACUUUACAUGAGUAGGAGAGAAGUGUAUAUUUUAUAUGAAAUACCACUGUACAACUUAUAAUUUAUUUACAAAUUAUAUAUUAAGAGAAACAAAUGUCA